GGCGGCGACGCCGGGUGGGGAUGGGGUCGCAGACGCUGCAGAUCCUCCGGCAGGGGGUGUGGGCCGCGCUGAGCGGCGGCUGGUACUACGACCCGCACCAGGCCACCUUCGUGAACGCGCUCCACCUCUACCUGUGGCUCUUUCUGCUCGGCCUGCCCUUCACGCUUUACAUGGCCCUUCCUUCUUCGAUGAUUAUAGUAGCAGUUUAUUGUCCUGUGGUAGCUGCUGUUUUCAUUGUUCUGAAGAUGGUCAACUAUCGACUACACAGAGCACUUGAUGCUGGAGAAAUUGUAGAUCGGAGUGCUGAGUUCACAGGUCAGCGAGCCAAAGCUGAACAAGGCAACUGUUCAACAAGGAGGAAGGACAGCAAUGGUCCAAGUGAUCCUGGUGGAGGGAUUGAGAUGUCAGAAUUCAUUCGAGAGGCCACACCUCCGGUUGGCUGCAGUUCAAGAAAUUCUUACGCUGGUCUAGACCCAAGCAAUCAGAUUGGAUCUGGAUCCUCUCGACUCGGAACAGCAGCAACUAUUAAAGGAGACACGGACACUGCUAAGACCUCUGAUGACAUAAGCUUGAGUCUGGGCCAGAGCUCUAGUCUGUGUAAAGAAGGAAGCGAAGAACAAGAUUUGGCGACUGAUCGCAAGCUUUUCCGCCUGGUCUCCAAUGACUCCUUCAUUUCUAUUCAGCCAUCCUUAUCCUCUUGUGGACAGGACUUACCAAGGGACUUUAGUGACAAAGUGAGCCUGCCAAGUCAUAGCCAGCACCACCGUGUCGAUCAGUCACUGUGCAGUGCCUGUGACACAGAAGUGGCUUCUCUUGUACCUUUACAUUCACACUCUUACAGGAAGGAGCACCGGCCGCGAGGAGUGCCGCGGACUUCCAGCUCUGCCGUGGCUUUUCCUGACGCAUCACUGAGUGGCCUUCCUCUCUACCAGCAGCAGCAGAGACGGGGGUUAGACCCUGUUACUGAGUUAGACUCAUGUAAGCCUCACUCAGGCACUAAGGAGUCUUCAGUGGGGAAGUCCUGCCCUCCUGCACAGUCUCAGCCUGCUGCUGACCGGAGAAAAAGUAACUCUCAACAACCCACAAAGUGCGGGAAGAACAGGGCGCUGAGUGCUGAAAAGAGUGUGGACAGUCUCAGGAGCCUGAGCACGCGGAGUAGCGGGUCCACCGAGAGCUACUGCAGUGGGACCGACAGGGACACCAACAGCACCCUCAGCAGCUAUAAAAGUGAGCAGACCAGCUCCACCCACAUCGAGAGCAUCUUGUCUGAGCAUGAGGAAUCUCCUAAAGUGGUAGACCAGAGUACCGGGAAGAAAGGGUGUGGUGCUGACUCAGUGGAAGAGAGGAGCCACGGGGCUGCUGACCCAAGGACUAGCAGUGACAAGACUGCCCCAGAGGGGAGCACACCUGCUGGGCCUCCCGAGACCCCAGAUGCUCAGGCCUCUGAGGAGAUGCCUGACCAGGUUGCUCCCAGCAGUUCUGCAUCAGAAGAUGCCAAUAAAAACCCCCACGCGAAUGAGUUUACUGUCCCUGGGGACAGCCCAGCUGAGCAAAGUACAGAGAGCAGAGAGGAGCAGGGUGAGAAGCCCAGCCUUUGCACAGAUGCCAACGCUUGUAAAGACGAUGGUGGGAAGCAGAAGGAAGGAGACGUCCGACCCAAAUCCUCCAACGUAAUCCACCGGACAACUUCUGCCCACAAGCCAGGCAGGAGGCGCACAGGAAAGAAACGGGCCAGCAGUUUUGACUCCAGUCGCCAUAGGGACUACGUUUCCUUCCGCGGAGUCUCUGGAACCAAGCCGCACAGUGCUGUAUUUUGUCAUGAUGAGGACUCUAGUGAUCCAAGCGACUUGAGCAGAGCACCCAGUGUUCAUUCUGCUCACCAGUUCAGCAGCGACAGCUCUUCCAGUGCCACUUCUCAUGCCUGCCAGUCUCCCGAGGGCAAAUACAGUGCCCUCAAGAGCAAACAUGGCCAUAAGUCCCGGGGCACAGACUCCGACCACACGCAUAGAGCUCAUCUAGGCCCUGAGGGAACCAUCAAAAAGAGGGCCUCUCGGAGGUCUUCCAGCACAAACAGUGCCAAGACGCGGGCUCGGGUGCUGAGCUUGGAUAGUGGCACCGUGGCCUGUUUGAAUGACUCAAACAAGCUGCUGGCACCAGACAGUAUAAAGCCCUUAACCACUUCAAAGUCAGAUCUUGAGGCCAAAGAGGGAGAGGUGCUGGAUGAGCUGUCUUUACUGGGCAGGGCUUCCCAGUUAGAGACAGUCACACGGUCCAGGAAUAGUUUGCCAAGCCAGGUUGCAUUUCCUGAAGGGGAAGAGCAAGAUGCAGCCACUGGAGCAGCACAGGCCAGCGAGGAGGCAGUGGCCUUUCGCCGUGAACGCAGCACAUUUAGGCGCCAGGCAGUACGGCGCCGGCACAAUGCAGGGAGUAACCCUACCCCUCCUGCCUUGCUCGUCGGAUCGCCCCUAAGCCUUCAAGAUGGUCAGCAAGGCCAGCAGUCCACAGCCCAGGUCAAAGUCCAGUCCUGCCCCCCAUCCCAGGCUGCAGUGCUCAGUGCUAGUGCCUCCUUGCUGGUGAGAAAAGGGAGUGUCCACUUAGAAGCCUCACAUGACCAUGCAUCUGCCGUAGGCGGUAGCAGUUUGCACGAUGAACUUGGUAAGUUCUCGUCUACACUCUACGAGACGGGUGGCUGUGACAUGUCACUUGUGAAUUUCGAACCAGCAGCAAGAAGAGCAUCCAACAUCUGUGACACAGAUUCUCAUGUAUCAAGUUCUACCUCAGUUCGAUUUUAUCCACAUGAUAUGCUUUCUCUCCCACAGAUUCGGUUGAAUAGACUGUUGACCAUUGACACAGAUCUGUUGGAGCAGCAGGACAUUGACCUAAGCCCUGACUUGGCAGCUACUUAUGGCCCCACAGAAGAAGCUGCCCAAAAAGUUAAGCACUAUUACCGCUUUUGGAUCCUGCCCCAGCUGUGGAUUGGCAUUAACUUUGACAGACUCACUCUGCUGGCGCUUUUUGAUAGAAACCGUGAGAUCCUGGAGAAUAUAUUAGCUGUUGUCCUGGCUAUUCUUGUGGCUUUUUUGGGAUCCAUCCUUCUCAUCCAAGGCUUCUUCAGAGACAUCUGGGUGUUCCAGUUCUGCCUGGUGAUAGCUAGCUGCCAGUACUCACUGCUCAAGAGUGUUCAACCUGAUUCUUCCUCUCCUAGACAUGGUCAUAAUCGCAUUAUUGCCUACAGUAGACCAGUUUACUUCUGUUUAUGUUGUGGUCUCAUUUGGCUCUUGGAUUAUGGCAGCAGAAACCUAACUACAAGCAAGUUCAAGUUAUAUGGAGUAACCUUCACCAAUCCACUGGUGCUUCUGUCAGCCAGGGAUUUGGUUAUAGUGUUUACACUCUGUUUCCCAAUAGUGUUUUUCAUUGGUCUCCUGCCUCAGGUGAACACGUUUGUAAUGUACCUUUGUGAACAGUUGGAUAUCCAUAUCUUUGGUGGGAAUGCCACCACCAGCCUGCUGGCAGCACUGUACAGUUUCCUAUGCAGCAUCGUGGCCGUCGCCUUGCUGUAUGGGUUGUGCUACGGAGCUUUAAGGGAUUCCUGGGAUGGCCAGCACAUUCCUGUACUUUUCUCUGUUUUCUGUGGUUUGUUAGUGGCGGUGUCCUAUCACCUCAGCCGGCAAAGCAGUGACCCAUCUGUACUCUUCUCUUUGAUGCAAUCUAAGAUUUUUCCAAAAACUGAUGAGAAGAACCCAGAAGACCCUCUGUCUGAAGUGAGAGACCCACUUCCCGAGAAGCUAAGCAAUUCUGUUAGUGAGCGUUUACAAUCCGACCUGGUAGUGUGCAUCGUUAUUGGUGUGCUGUAUUUCGCUAUCCAUGUGAGCACAGUGUUCACAGCAUUGCAGCCUGCUCUCAAGUACGUGCUGUACGCCCUGGUUGGCGUCGUCGGGCUCGUAACCCAUUAUGUGUUGCCUCAAGUAAGGAAGCAGCUACCGUGGCACUGCCUCUCCAGGCCGCUGCUCCAGACGGCCGAGCACAAGCAGUAUGAAGUUCGAAAUGCAGCCACCAUGAUGUGGUUCGAAAAACUUCAUGUGUGGCUUCUUUUUGUGGAGAAGAAUAUCAUCUAUCCACUGAUUGUCCUCAACGAACUUAGCAGCAGUGCAGAGACAAUUGCCAGCCCAAAGAAACUAGAUACAGAGUUGGGAGCUUUGAUGAUCACCAUCGCUGGCCUGAAGCUGCUGCGCUCCUCCUUCAGCAGCCCCACGUACCAGUACAUCACCGUCAUCUUCACUGUGCUCUUUUUCAAGUUUGACUAUGAAGCCUUCUCAGAGACGAUGCUACUGGACCUCUUCUUCAUGUCUAUCCUGUUCAGCAAGCUUUGGGAACUCCUCUAUAAGCUGCAGUUCGUGUACACCUAUGUCGCUCCCUGGCAGAUCACGUGGGGCUCUGCAUUCCACGCGUUUGCUCAGCCCUUUGCGGUGCCCCACUCGGCUAUGCUGUUCGUUCAGGCGGUCGUGUCGGCCUUCUUCUCAACACCACUAAACCCCUUCCUGGGGAGCGCCAUAUUCAUCACCUCCUAUGUCAGGCCUGUCAAGUUCUGGGAGAGAGACUACAACACAAAACGUGUAGACCAUUCAAAUACCAGAUUGGCUUCUCAGCUUGAUAGAAAUCCAGGAUCAGAUGACAACAAUCUGAAUUCUAUCUUCUAUGAACAUUUGACCAGAUCCCUCCAGCACAGUCUUUGUGGUGAUUUGCUGCUAGGACGGUGGGGAAACUAUAGUACCGGGGACUGUUUCAUCCUUGCCUCGGACUAUCUCAAUGCAUUAGUACACCUCAUAGAGAUAGGCAACGGCCUGGUCACUUUCCAGCUGCGGGGACUUGAGUUCAGAGGUACCUACUGUCAGCAGCGGGAAGUGGAAGCCAUCACAGAAGGAGUGGAAGAAGAUGAAGGGUUUUGCUGUUGUGAGCCUGGCCAUGUUCCCCAUGUGCUUUCCUUUAAUGCUGCGUUUGGCCAGCGCUGGCUGGCAUGGGAAGUUGUUGUCACUAAGUACAUUCUGGAAGGCUACAGCAUCACUGACAACAGUGCUGCUUCCAUGCUUCAAGUCUUUGACCUUCGCCGAGUUCUUACCACCUACUAUGUCAAGGGUAUCAUUUAUUAUGUCACAACCUCCUCCAAGUUGGAGGAGUGGCUGGCCAAUGAGACAAUGCAGGAAGGAUUGCGUCUGUGUGCAGACCGCAACUAUGUUGACGUGGACCCGACUUUUAACCCAAACAUCGACGAGGACUAUGACCAUCGAUUGGCAGGCAUAUCUCGGGAGAGUUUCUGUGUGAUUUACCUCAACUGGAUAGAGUACUGCUCUUCCCGGAGAGCUAAGCCACUUGAUGUAGAUAAAGAUUCAUCUCUGGUGACUCUUUGUUAUGGACUCUGUGUUCUGGGACGAAGAGCUUUGGGAACAGCCUCCCACCAUAUGUCCAGUAACCUGGAGUCCUUCCUCUAUGGAUUGCAUGCCCUGUUUAAAGGGGACUUCCGGAUUUCUUCAGUCCGAGACGAGUGGAUCUUUGCUGACAUGGAGCUGCUGAGAAAAGUUGUCGUGCCUGGAAUCCGUAUGUCCAUUAAACUCCAUCAGGAUCAUUUCACAUCCCCAGAUGAGUAUGAGGACCCCACUGUGCUCUACGAAGCCAUCGUGUCUCACGAGAAGAACCUUGUGAUAGCCCAUGAAGGGGACCCUGCAUGGCGGAGCGCAGUCCUUGCCAACUCUCCCUCCUUGCUGGCUCUGCGGCAUGUCAUGGACGAUGGCACCAAUGAGUACAAGAUCAUCAUGCUCAACCGGCGCUACCUGAGCUUCAGGGUCAUUAAGGUGAAUAAGGAAUGUGUCCGCGGUCUCUGGGCAGGCCAGCAGCAGGAGCUAGUUUUCCUCCGGAACCGGAACCCAGAGAGAGGCAGCAUCCAGAAUGCCAAGCAGGCACUGCGAAACAUGAUAAACUCGUCUUGUGAUCAGCCUAUUGGCUACCCGAUCUUCGUGUCACCCCUCACAACAUCUUACUCUGACAGCCAUGACCAGCUCAAAGAAAUUCUUGGGGGACCAAUCAGCUUGGGAAACAUCUGGAACUUCAUAGUGUCCACCUGGCACAGGCUAAGGAAAGGCUGUGGAGCUGGCUGUAACAGUGGUGGCAAUAUUGAAGAUUCUGACACUGGAGGUGGGACAUCCUGUCCUGGUAACAAUGCAACCACUGCCAGUGAUCCCCACAACAAUGUGUCCCAAGGAAGCACUGAACACCCAGGACAGGGAACAGGAUCCGGACUCCACCCGCCCACCACAUCAUAUCCUCCAACACUAGGCACUAGCCACAGUGCCCACUCAGUGCAGGCCAGUCUGGUCAGACAGUCACCGGCACGCGCCUCCAUGGCCAGCCAGUCUUCCUACUGCUACAGCAGCCGCCAUUCGUCCCUCCGCAUGUCCACCACGGGGUUUGUGCCCUGCCGGCGCUCCUCCACCAGCCAGAUAUCACUUCGAAACCUGCCAUCAUCCAUCCAGUCCCGCCUCUCCAUGGUGAACCAGAUGGAGGCUGUUGGCUCGGGCGGCGUGGGCUGUGUGCAGCAUGGCCUGCCGUCCUCCAGCAGCUCCAGCCAGAGCAUCCCGGCCUGCAAGCAUCACACCCUCGUAGCCUUCCUGGGGACCGAGGGUGGUCAGAGCGGUGCCACUGAGGCCCAGCCAGGCAACACCUCAAGUCCUGCCAACAUUUCACAUGCCAGAAAGGGGGAAGUGAUUUACAGAGUCCAGAUUGUGGAUCUCAGUCAGAUUCUGGAAGGGAUCAACCUGUCAAAAAGGAAGGAGCUGCAGUGGCCCGAUGAAGGGAUUCGGUUAAAAGCUGGAAGAAACAGCUGGAAAGACUGGAGUCCUCAGGAGGGCAUGGAAGGCCAUUUAUUAGGUGGUUCACCGAUGGGUGCCUUGCAGCAGAGACCCAAGCACAAGGUCCCACAUCGACAAGACAGUGCUUCUUGUCCAGAUCGAUGACAAAUAUGUGACUAUAAUUGAAACCGGGGUAUUAGAACUGGGGGCAGAAGUGUGAGCCGUGCUGCAUGCCUGGCUUCCCAGCCCUGGAGAGAAAGCAAGGUUGCGGAAGACCUAUUGCGGGACCGGCCACCCGCCCUUCGCAGCAAAGACUUGACCAGUAACUGGUUAAGCUCCUCUCCACCCUGAGUCCUGUCACUGUCUUCAUCCCCAAAUAAAGCUGAAAUAUUUUUUUAA